AUGACUGUCUUCAACGCAUCUCGCCUUCUUGGCAAGACAGUCCUUAUCACGGGAGCAAGUUCUGGUAUCGGAGCGGCCACCGCCGUCUUGUUUGCCAAGGGGGGUUCCAACGUUAUACUUACUGCUCGACGAGCAGAUGCGCUACAGAAAGUUGCAGAUGCUUGUACAGCUGCCCACAAAGAAGCCGGCCUGCAACAUGGCGGCAAAUUUGUCUCCGUACAAGUUGACGUUUCUGACAGGAAUCAAGUCAAUGGCCUCCUAGAAAGGAUACCCGCUGAUCUUCGCGAAAUAGAUAUCCUCGUCAACAAUGCUGGAUACGUCGUGGGUGUGGACAAAGUUGGCGACCUGUCUCUGGAUAACGUGGAGGGCAUGUUCGCAACUAAUGUGUUUGGCUUGAUCGCCCUGACUCAGUUGUUCAUCAAGGACUUCAAGAAGAGGAAGACUGGACAUGUUAUUAACCUUGGCUCGAUUGCCGGCAGAGAAGCUUAUGCUGGGGGCAGCAUCUACUGUGCAACAAAACAUGCCGUCAGUGCAUUUACGGGCUCUCUCAUGAGGGAGCUUGUCGACACUCCCAUUCGUGUCACCGAAAUUCAACCAGGUAUGGUGGAGACCGAGUUUUCUCUCAUCCGCUAUAAGGGCGAUCAUUCCGCGGCAGACAAAGUCUACGAGGGACUUCAGCCUCUGGUGGCCGAAGAUAUUGCGGAAGAGAUCGUCUGGGCCGCAUCGCGUCCCCCACAUGUCAAUCUCGCUGAAGUCUUCGUGCUUCCAGUGAACCAAGCCAGUGCCACCCUCAAUUAUAGGGCGCCGAAGCUGUAAUAUCUCAAUUCUGAUUGACACUCGAAGUCAUUGUAUCAUAGACAUCCCCUACACUUCGAUGAAAGCAAAGGACAAUGUAUCAGAGACAUGAAGGAUACAGCAUCGACAAAUGUGCAUUAGAGCGUGAAUAGAAUAUGCAGCUAGGCUAACCCUUCAUUUUCUUGCUCUUCGAUCUGGUGAUUUUCGGGGGUACAACCUCCUUCACCACCACCUCAACGUCAUUGUCAUACACAAACUUCUUUACCACGAUGUUCUCUGGGUGGAGGUCAGUGAGUGGAUGCUGCCCGGCGUCUAUUACGUUGCCCAGGGUGUCCAAGAGAAGAUUCUGAAG